GGGACAGACUGCACACCCAGAACACCCAGAGAGACGACAUGAUGCCCGGCUCCGCUCCGCUCCUGCUGCUGCUGCUGCUCGGCCUCAGCUGCGCCGCCUGCUUCGAGCUGCUGCCGGAGGAGGCUGCGCCCCGCCGGGCCCGAUUCUCCGCCAACAGCCCGACUGAUGUGGCCAGAUGUUUGAACGGGGCCGUGGCUGUGGGCUGUGGAUUCUUCUCCUGUCUGGAAAACUCCACCUGCGACACAGACGGGAUGCAUGAAAUCUGUGAACUCUUCCUCCACACGGCCGCUUCCUUUAACACCGAGGGUAAAACGUUUGUGAAGAAAAGUCUGCACUGCAUCUCGCAGGGAAUCACAGCGAAGGUUUUCCAAACCAUCCGCCGCUGCAACAUCUUCCAGAGGAUGAUCGCUGAGGUGCAAGAGGAGUGUUACACCAGUCUGGACAUCUGCACUGUGGCUCGAACUAACCCUGAUGCCAUCGGAGAGGUGGUGCAGGUGCCGACUCACUUCCCCAACAGAUACUACAGCACUCUGCUGCAGACGCUGCAGGCCUGCGACGAGCAGACGGUGACGGCGGUGAGGGCGGGCCUCGUGGCCAGAUUAGGGCCCGACAUGGAGACCUUCCUGCAGCUGGUCCAGAACAAGGCCUGCACCACCGGCUCCACCUCCGGAGCUUACAACAACCCCUCCAGCUGGAGAAACAUGCCCGUGUUCAACAUCCAGCCGGGCUUCAGAGGCCGAGACCCCACCCACCUGUUCGCCAGGAAGAGAUCUGUGGACGCCGUGGAGGGAGGGGCUAAAGCCAAAAACUAGACGACACACUAACACUCACAUGCAGAUCUCACAGCGGUGACCCUUUACAGCCAAAAGCUCUAGAUGGUGAUGAUUACUACCACGUGUUAUUAUUCUUAUUUUUAUUCUGAUUCUGGGGCUUCACGAGCUUCACUGAGAAACCUGCGUUGCAGACAUUUGAAAAGAGGCCUACUGCAGUGAUGGUGAUUGAUAUUUAUUUUAACUUAUGAGGCUGUUAUAUUUAAUGUAGUGCGAGCGGAGGAGGGGCUGCGGCGGUCAGGAGACGCCUCAUGCUGGUCGUGGGGCUCUUUGUGACUCCUGUUCGCGGCCUUUUCGCUGGUCUGCCAUCACUUCAUCAGUUGUAUGUUUAAAUGAGGGGCGGUUAUGAUGUCUUUGUGUUAGAAAUAAAUAACGCUGUAUGAUUCA